AUGGCUUCUCUCAACAUCCCCACCACGAUGAAGGCAGUUCUCCAGCCUGACAAAAAUUCCCACAACCUCAUCCUCUCCGAGAUCCCAGUUCCUGUACCUACCCAUCCUGAGGAUGUUCUGGUCAAGGUGCACGCCACCGCCCCAUGCAAGGGCGAACUCGACUGGGCUCUUUGGGCCCCCGACUUCAUCGGCGAUGACAAGAUCCCCAUUCCGGGCCAGGAUCUCGCCGGCACAGUUGUCUCGGCUCCGGAAAGCAGCGGCUUCAAGAGUGGCGACGAGGUCUACGCUCGCAUCGAAGCCAACCGUCCGGGCGCCGCGGCUGAGUACACUCUGGCGCACGUGCGGGAGCUUGCCAUCAGGCCCAAGAAUCUUAGCUGGGCUGAAACUGCAGCGACCCCAAUCAGCGCCUUGACGGCAUACCAAUCCCUCUUCACCAAGGGCCCGCUGGAUCCCUCGGCUUUAAACGGUGACACAGCCGCAAAGGAGAAGAACUCCAAGAUCAGCCUUCUCAUCACGGCUGCAGCUGGAGGAGUCGGCAGUUGGGCGGUCCAGCUUGCGAGUGCUGCUGGAGUAAGCCGUCUCGUCGCUGUGGUUGGACCAAAGAACGGUGACUUUGUCCGAGAGCUCGGUGCCACAGAGACCGUCGACUACAAGAAGCAGAGCAUCGGCGAAUGGGUUGCCGAGGAUCCUGAGUCCCGGCAGAUUGACUUUGUCUUUGACUGCAUCGGAGGCCAAUCGCUCGCCCAGUCCUGGUACGCGGUCCGAGAAGGCGGAACUAUCGUUAGUGUGUGCAGUGUGCCAGAGGACAGCCGCCCAGCAGACGUGAAGAAGAACGUCCAAAGCCUCUGGUUUGUCAUUACUCCACUUGGCAAGGACCUCGACAUCAUCACUAGUUUUCUAGAGGCAGGAAAGCUGAAGCCAAACAUUGACAGUGUUGUCAAGUUUGGUGAGUUUGCCGAAGCCUGGGAUAAGGUGGAAUCUGGCCGGGCGAGAGGCAAGGUUGUUGUUGAGGUGUCCGAAUGA